GAUCAUUCCGGUUCAUCCUCAGCAAGAGACUCCGCAGUGUUCAGGCAUCGGCGGCGGUGGUAGUUGAGGUCUUUCACUACGGAAAUGCUUAUUUGGAUAAACUGAAAAAAAAAACCAAAAAAAAACCCAACGACCACGAUUGAUCCAUGAACGAAAGCAGCUCGCGCGCAAAAGCAAAACAUACGACCGCGUCAAAACUACAGCCCGCACGCGCUGGACGGGAUCAGACUGGACAUUCGGCAUGCGGGAGGAAACUGGAUCAGACUACAACAUCCAAUGCUUGGCGUGUGUCCGCGAUUAAGGCUAAGCUAGGCUUCAGACCACCAGCUAAUGAUUGACGCGAAUGUCAAUAAGAGGGUUUGUUUUUUUUUUCUUCCGCGUGCACGCUGAGGUCACGCUGUUGAAUUUAUUAACGCAGGGUUUAAUAUCGCUCGCGCCACUACCAUAACAACAACAACAAAAAAAGGAGGCUGUGGUCUGGUUAGCAUUGCUAGCUGCAGAGCUAGUACAUGUAGACCGAGUGAGCAAGUUGUCUCUGUUUAAGAUGAACCGCUCAUGGCAUUAAAAAGAAAAUAAUACACGCGGUUUAUUUUAGUGCAUGGAAAAAAAAAAGGGACAAUAAGAGGAUCUGGAUUUCUCCACCAAUGACCCCGGAGAAUACCUGGCGCGUGCCAACUGUGUGCAGUUUGCAGCCAUUGUUUCAUCCGGACUCAAAUAUUUUACAUUGCUAAAAAAAAAAAAAUUUGGGGGGUAUAUAUCUCUGCUUGACAUUGCGUCUGCUUUCCGUUUGUGUUUAACCGAAAAUGGCCGCCGUUGUGAAUUAUUCUCCUCCGUGGUGGGUUAACCUGCUUCACCGUCUUCCUCACUUCAACCUGCGCUUCGAGCAGAUCAGCAGCGACUUUCAGCCAGAGGACUCCUCAUACCAGCAGUCUAUUCUGCUGCUGGGAGCAGUGGCUUUAGCCUGCCUGGCCCUGGACCUUCUCUUCCUCCUCUUCUACUCAUUCUGGCUCUGUUGCCGUCGCAAGAAGAGCAGCGAACAGCCCAAUGCCGACUGCUGCUGCACAGCCUGGUGUGUCAUCAUUGCCACCCUGGUGUGCAGCGCUGGCAUUGCCGUUGGUUUCUAUGGGAAUGGAGAGACCUGUGACGGAGUUAACCGACUCACUUACUCGCUGCGCCACGCCAACCGUACUAUUGCCGGCGUGCAGAAACUGGUAUCAGACAGCGCCACCUCCCUGAAUCUGACCGUGGAAGAGAAUCUGCUGCAUUUGGAUAGCCAGUACAAGAAGCACAGUGAUUACCUGUCGAUGGUGCAGAAGCUGCAGGCCCAGCUGGACGAGCUGCUCAAACAGAUGGUGGAGAUCCCUUUCUGGAGCAAUCCCAGCAUCUCCCUGGAGGCGCUAGCCAGCAGGAUCGAACUCUACGACUGGUAUAGGUGGCUGGGUUAUCUGGGGCUGCUCCUGUUCGACGUGCUCAUCUGCCUGCUGGUGCUCUUCGGCCUUAUUCGCAACUCAAAAAGAACUCUGAUCGGGGUCUGUUUACUGGGCGUGUUGGCACUGGUGAUCAGCUGGGGAUCUCUGGGUUUGGAGCUGGCUGUAUCCUCGAGCUCCAGUGACUUUUGCGUGGCGCCAGACAUGUACGUCGCCGAAGUGGCCGAACGCUACGGAGUCAUCAACAAAGACAUCCUGCAGUAUUACCUCCAGUGCAGCGUGGGUCAGACCAACCCCUUCCAGCAGAAGCUGUCGGGAAGCCACAAGGCUCUGGUGGAGAUGCAGGACGAUGUGUUGGAGCUCCUGCGUUCUGCAGUGCGAGAAUACCCCCAGACCAAAAGUAAUCUGGAGCAGAUUCAGGGAGUUUUAAACACCACUGAAAUCGGCCUGCAUCAGCUGACUGCCCUGGUGGACUGCCGCAGUCUGCACAUGGAUUACGUCCAGGCUGUGACGGGGCUGUGUUACGACGGUCUGGAAGGGCUGAUCUACCUGGUGUUGUUUUCCUUCGUCACCGCCCUCAUGUUCAGCUCCAUCAUCUGCAGCGUGCCUCACACCUGGCAGAGUAGGAGGCCCAGUGAAGACACUGAGGAAGACUCUGCCGCUUCUGGAGGAAGACAAAACCAUGAUAACCUGUACCGAGUGCACAUGCCCAGCCUUUACAGCUGUGGCAGCAGCUAUGGCAGCGAGACCAGCAUCCCUGCAGCAGCACACACCGUCAGCAACGCUCCUGUUACUGAGUACAUGACACAGAAUGCAAACUUCCAGAAUCCUCGCUGUGAGAACACUCCUCUAAUCGGGAGAGAGUCGCCUCCCCCUUCUUCUGAUCCGACUGCCCUGGAUGAAACACUUACUACCGAAGGGUCUCAAGGGUCUUCCACUCGUACCAAUACUGAACUCACAGGUACUGAACACGUCCGUCCAUCCCCCUAAUUUCUGUGACUGUGUACAUGGUGGACACAGUUAUUGAUAACCACCAAAUUGUUUAUCGAUCACCGGCCAAUUGAAAAUAAUGCAUGUAAGGUAGCGAGGAUAACUGAAUUUGCAUCACUGAUGAUCAUUCCUUACUACAGAAUGCGUAAUUAAAUCGCAUGACCAUCUAUUAUGUUGGUUGUUUUUCAUUUAGUUUAUGGUUGGCGAGUUCACCGGUCUGCUCUCAAACAAUCUGGGUGUAUUGACAAGCUAACACAUGGCCAGUUUAUUUUAUUGUGAAGCACCAACUUCCAACAAAUCUAAUUUACAAAAGCUUAGUCCCAAAUGACUUUAUGCACUGUGUACUCUCUAACAUCUAGUGCAUGAAUGUUAAAAGACUAACAUCAGAUCUAAGCCGUUUCCCAGUCGAUGGCAAAUGAUGUCAAAAACUUUUAAAAUGUUGAAAAAUAAGUCAUUAAGCACGAGGUACUUCAACAGACUUUUGUAACACACCAUGUCCACUAGAGUGUCGUCGACCAUCUUGAAUUUUUUUUUUCUUAUCCAGCGUCAGCACCUGGUAGCCCCGCCCCUUUCAUGCUCUGUAAAGCGAAGCUGCAAGUGUUUCUUACCCAGCAUCAGCACCUGGUAGCCCCGCCCCUUUUCUGCUACGUAAAGCAAAGCUAUGAGUGUUGAGUGCAUGAUCAUUAUUUCAUACUUCGCUGAAUGAAAGCAUCAUCCUGGUACCUGAAGUGCACUUCUUCUUCUUUUUCUUUUUGGAGUUUUCAGUGUGGACACACAGCUCACUCUGUUAUAGCACACAGUGCCGUGGAAUUCUGCACAAGUAUUCGAUUUCUGAUGCAUUUACAAUUCUAAAUCAAGUUCCAUUGCUGAUUUGGUGCAUACAAAUUUUGUAAUUUUUUUGUUGAGCUACGAAGAGGACAAAAACAUUCUAAAAGAAUUAAUAACUCUCAAUUAACUCAACACAUGAAUCUUGUAACUGUAACUGUAACUGUCCUCUGAUAACUUUUAUAAAACGCAGUGUCUGGAGGAGAUUCAGACAUUUUGGCUCCACAUUUCACCCACUGUUAUAUUGUCCACUAUAUAUACAGUCAUCCGAAGGCAACGAAGAGACUCUUCCUCUAAACUCCUGUUAUCCACCGAAGCCUGUUAUUCACCCCUCCUUAGGUGUGUGGUGUUGUUUUUUCCAUUGUCUGUAAUCAGAAGUGCUCUGUGAUCAGCUCUGCUCCUCCCCGAGGUCAGUGUCAGAAGUAAGAGCUUAUCUUGCUGUAGGUGAGAAGGAGAGUUGUGUAUCGUCUUGUUUUAGACUGUUAGAUUCCCAGGUAGCAAAAAGGGUGUGUUUGCUUUUGUUUAUACAUGGGUAGUGUGUGGUUUGAGGUUGUUUUAAGUAGUGUGUGUGUGUGUGUGUGUGUGUGUGUGUGCGCGCAUGCAAUUUUUGAUUUUACAGUUUUUGAGAACUUAAAAUAAUUGUUAAGAUGAAUCACUACUUCUGCAAUUUUAGGAUGUCUGAUUAUCCCUUUUGUGACUGAGGCAGCGAGAGAAAGUAAGGGAGAUAGAGAGACGGAUGGACAGACAGACAGAAAGAGAGAGAUUGAGACAGUUUGCGAGGGAGAUAGAAAGGGAGACAGAGUGGGAGAGGGAUACAGAGGGAGAGGGGGAGAGAGAUAGGAAAAAGACAAAGGGAAAGAGAGACAGACGUACAGCGGGAGAGAGAGGACAGACUCUGCGAGAUGGAGAGGGGAGAUGCGGGGAGAGACAGAUACGGGGAGAGAAAGGACGGACAGACAGAGGAACAAAGGGCAUGAGGCAGACAGACAAAGGGAAAGAGAGGCAGACAGACAAAGGGAAAGAGAGACAGACAGAGGGACAAAGGGAAAGAGAGGCAGACAGACAAAGGGAAAGAGAGGCAGACAGACAAAGGGAAAGAGACAGACUGACAAAGGGAAAGAGAGACAGAGGGAAAGAGACAGACUGACAGAGGAAAGGCAUACAGAUAGAGGGAACGGGAGACAGAGUGGGAGAGAGAGGAUGGACAAACUGAGGGAGAUGUAGAAAGUGGGAGAGAUGGGGUGAGACAGACAGAGGAAAGGAGAGAAAUGGAGAAAGACAGAUGAAGAGUUGUAAAGUCCCAUUCAUCUAGUAGCAAUAAAUAAACCCAUCUAAGAAAUAAUACCCAGUCGUCUGUUUUGCUGAUUGACAUUGCUAUAGAUUUCAACCACUGUAUAAUUAAAACGAGCUUCUAUAAUUCUAGUCUACCACAAAAUGUGUGUGUUCAUGAUUUAGUCUCAGUGACUCACUGUUGAUAAUGCUGAAAGCUCCAAACCACCUCAAAGCUGACAAAAGGAGGUUCAAAGCCCACUGCCUAGUGUUUCUAAGCCUGGUCUCAGUGCUGGUCAUUCUGUGCACAACAUUUACUGGAAAACUGAAACUAGUGCGAUCUGAUUUGUUGUGUUGCAAGAAAUAACAGCUAAAACAUGUACAGAUUAUUCGAAUAGGCAUGGCCUGGAAAUGGUUACAACCUAGUGUAUAUAAACAAUACAGACAAAAGUGUGUGCACCCCUGACCAUCACACCCAUAUGUGCUUGUUAAACAUUUCACAGUUGACCUCUUCUCUUCUGUGAAGGCUUUCCACUAGAUGUUGGAGCGUGACUGUGGGGAUUAGUGAUCAUUCAGCUACAAGAGCAUUAGUGAGAUCAGACACUGAUGUUGUAAGCGUGAGGAGGUCUGGGGUUCAGUCGGUGUUCCAGUUCAUCCCAGAGGUGUUCAGUGGGGUUGAGUCAGAGUCAGGGCUCAGUGCAGGACACUCCAGUUCUUCCACUCCAACCUUCUCACACCAUGUCUUCAUGGAGCUCUGUGCUUUGUGUACAGGGGCAUUGUCAUGAUGGAACAGGGGUUGAGUUCCAGUGAAGAGAAACUGUAAUGUUACAUGGGUGUAAUGGUGAGAUGUCUGCAUACUUGUAGCCAUGGUACUGUGUAACAAUUCAAUCACUUGUGUUCUUUCUAUUUCAUGUUUGUGUUUACCUUUUUCUUCGUGUGUGUGUGUCU